AUGCUUCAAACUCCAUCGCGAGCCUCAACUGCUUCGUCGUCGUCGUUUCAACCCUUGUCGCGCCAAAACACCAUGUCGUCCUACGAUGGAUCGCGCUCGGCGCGCCAGUCCAAGCGGUACUCCAUGUCAGCGCUGUACCUGUCCAUGUCAGCAAACGAGGGUGAAAUGCAAAUCGAAGAUGAUUUAGCCAAAGCCCAGAAAGUACUGCGAGAUUUGAAAACAAAGAUCUCCUCUCAGUCUAAAAAGAAUUUUGUUCUUGAAAAGGAUGUACGGUAUCUGGAUUCAAGAAUCGCUCUUCUCAUCCAGAACCGAAUGGCUCUUGAAGAGCAAAAUGAAGUCGCUAGCCACCUCGAGGAUGCUACCGAGGUUCAGGAAGGUGUUUUCCCAAAUGAUGACAAGACGCAGAAAUAUGGCAAUCUCUUGUUUCUCUUGCAAUCUGAGCCCAGGCAUAUCGCGCAUCUUUGCCGACUGGUUUCAAUGGCCGAAAUAGACUCCCUGCUACAGACAGUCAUGUUCACGAUUUACGGAAACCAGUACGAAAGUCGCGAAGAGCAUUUGCUGCUAACCAUGUUUCAGUCUGUUCUGACCUACCAAUUCGAUAACACUCCGGAUUAUUCCUCGUUGCUUCGAGCCAACACGCCCGUGUCCCGUAUGAUGACAACAUAUACACGUCGUGGUCCUGGUCAGAGUUUUCUCAAGACUGUGUUAGCCGACAGGAUCAACAGCCUCAUUGAAUUGAAAGAUCUGGAUCUGGAGAUUAACCCCUUGAAGGUUUACGAGCGCAUGCUGGAACAGAUUGAAGAGGAUACUGGCACCCUGCCUGCAAAUCUGCCAAAGGGCAUCACUGGUGAACAGGCUGCCGAAAAUUCCAAAGUCCAGGCCAUCAUCGAGCCCCGACUCACUAUGCUAACAGAAAUUGCCAAUGGAUUUUUGAGUACCAUUAUCGAGGGCCUGGAAGAGGCUCCUUACGGUAUUCGGUGGAUUUGCAAGCAAAUCAGAAGCUUGACAAAGCGCAAAUAUCCUGAUGCAAACGACCAGGUCAUCUGCACUUUGAUUGGCGGUUUCUUCUUCCUUAGGUUCAUCAACCCAGCCAUUGUCACCCCCAAAUCGUACAUGCUUAUUGACGGAACUCCCGCUGAACGGCCCAGACGAACCCUGACAUUAAUUGCAAAGAUGCUUCAAAAUCUUGCGAACAAGCCUUCGUACGCCAAGGAACCCUACAUGGCAAAACUCCAACCAUUCAUCCAGCAGAAUAAGGACAGAAUUAACAAGUUCAUGUUGGAUCUUUGCGAAGUCAGUGACUUUUACGAGAGUUUGGAAAUGGACAACUACGUUGCGCUGUCAAAGAAGGAUCUUGAGUUGGAUAUUACAUUGAAUGAAAUUUACGCCAUGCACGGACUUAUCGACAAGCACUAUCAAGAGCUCUGCAAGGAUGAAAAUUCGCACCUGGCUGUCAUCAUGUCGGAACUCGGCCCAUCUCCAGCUCAAGUACCGCGCAAGGAGAACAGAGUGAUCAAUUUGCCACUAUUCAGCAGAUGGGAAACUGCAAUCGACGAUCUAACCGCAGCGCUCGACAUCACACAGGAGGAAGUGUUCUUUAUGGAGGCCAAGUCCAUCUUUGUGCAGAUCCUGCGGACCAUUCCACAAAGCAGCGCCGUGUUGCGACGGCCAUUGCGUUUGGAGCGGGUGGCUGAUGCUGCAGCAACAAGCCGUAAUGAUGCUGUCAUGGUUCGCAAAGGCAUUAGAGCCAUGGAGCUCCUUUCGCAGCUACAGGAACUGGGCGUUAUCGACAAGAGCGACCAAUUCGACCUAUUGCGAGACGAAGUCGAGCAGGAAUUGCAGCAUCUCGGUUCACUCAAGGAAGGCGUCAUUGCUGAGUCGGCGAAGCUAGAAGAGGUAUACAAGACGAUUCGUGACCACAACACAUAUUUGGUGGGGCAACUGGAGACAUAUAAGAGCUAUUUGCACAAUGUGCGUUCUCAGAGCGAGGGCACAAAGCGGAAGCAACAGAAGCAGCAGGUGUUGGGGCCCUACAAGUUCACGCAUCAGCAGCUUGAGAGGGAGGGAGUAAUUCAGAAGAGUAAUGUUCCGGAUAACAGACGGGCCAACAUCUACUUCAACUUCACCAGCCCUUUGCCAGGUACAUUUGUUAUUUCGCUCCACUAUAAAGGUCGCAACCGGGGUCUUUUGGAGCUCGACCUCAAGCUGGACGAUUUGCUUGAGAUGCAAAAGGAUAACCAGGAUGAGCUCGAUCUGGAGUACGUGCAGUUCAACGUACCCAAGGUGCUUGCCCUGCUCAACAAGCGAUUUGCUCGAAAGAAGGGGUGUGUCGUUCCUCAAGGCUUCGAUCUUCCAACGGAGACGGGUUCGCCUUGUUCUCCAAACGCGGUUUCGUCUCCCACUUUUGACGCCACGACAGCCUCACUUUUCAAACGGCCCUCUGACAAGCGGCUCGGCGACCACAUCGACAUUGCCGAGUGCAGCUCCGUGCUCGCCCUCUCGCUCGGCGGCGAGCCCACGAAGCCGUUGCGCAUGAGGCCUCGCCGGGAAAGGGCCCGGGAGGGACUCCUCUUCGACACCUUUGGCCCGUGGCAGGUGUUGAGCAUCCAGAGCUUCCCCGACGACCAGCACACCGUCCGCGGGGAGGACUUUCAGGAAAAGAGCUUUUACAGCGGCCCUUGUGCGUUUCUCGACCUCCUAAUUGCCGAGUAUCGCGACGCGGGGAGACGAAAUCAGAUUCUCCACGAGAAAAUCACAAAACUCAUUACGCCCCCUACCGAAUUCAUGUUCGACCGCCGCCUCCGCGACAAGCUCCUCUUCGAAGACAAGCACUUCACCUACAUCCGGCGCUACUUCUGGGCCUACAACACCCUCGCCGUCAUCAACACGGGCAUCAAGGCCAUGGUGGCCGCCUACCUGGACAUCUUCACCGACGACUUCUGGUCCGGGAACCACCCGGUCCUCUGGCCCCAUCCCUCGCCCUCGUCGCCCCAGGGCGAGGCGUACCUCGGAAAGAUGGCCCUCCUGCGACGCGAGCUGGAAAAGGUUGUCGCGGAGCUGGGCGAGGUGCUCAAGCGCAACGAGCGCACCAGAAAGGAGGUUGAGAACCUGAGGGACCAGCUGUUCAGCGGGAGUUCCAUCAAGGAGAGCAGGAGGGCCAUUGACCAGGGCGACAAUAUCCGCAUCCUGACCAUGAUUAGCAUGAUUUUCCUGCCGUUGACCUUUGUGACUGCAAGUGGACCCCUUUAUUCCAAGACGAGGCAUUUACAAAAAAAAAAAAAAGAGGCGAAAAAAAAGCAGGGAUGGCGAAACCAACAUUUGUCGAAAUAG